AUGAAUUCAUUGGAGAGAGACAGACUUUUGUUGCAGGCACACGUAGAUCUACACAGUGACAACUCAAGCAUAGACAUGUGGCCACCAAUCCCCCGAGACGACGAAGACAGUGAUGGCGGAGAAAGCGACAACUCUUCUCCCUACCCUCACCAUGAACGAGUACUCUGGGAAGUGCCUCCCUCCGAAGGUCUCAGCGACGCUAAGACUGUCAAGCCAAAGGAAGUGAAGCUCGACCCCAAGCUUGUUGGCAUGUCGAUCGGUUGCAAGAACCUCUACGCCGGCAAGGAAGACCGCAGAGGUCGCUUCCAAUGGCAGGAGACCAUCCCGGAAGAUCUUGUACCACCAGCCGAGAAUGCAGAGACCCAGAAGUGGGCCUUUAUAGCCAGAUACAUCAAGGUCUAUGGUGACCCUCGCCGCACACUCGCUUUACACUCGAUCGUCAUCCAGUCGCCACUACUGAAAAAGGUUCUGGAAGACGUGCUUGAUGGCUACCCAAGUGUCACUGUGGGUCUACAAAGACUAGAGUUCAGUGGCAAGCUCGAAUCGUUGAUACACCGCUUCCCCGAGCUCGAUGCAGCUAUCGAGAAGCUCACAGCUCUGUUCGAAAAGACACAAAGCACUAAAGCCGACGAUGUAUCCACUCCCAACCACGACCAUCUCAAGAAGAGUAAGCCGAUGAUCCAAUUUAGAAGCUUUACGAAUGGCGAAAUCGACGUCGACAUGACGGCUGAGGACAAUAGUGUACAGCAGAGCGAGAUUAAGAGCUCAACGGAGAACCCUCUCGAUGAACUUGCACCCAAGGCACAACCUACUGAGGCAGAGUUGAGCUUGAGACACACACAAAUUCUCCGCGAUCUCUUGUACGAAGAGUUUCAGACGUUGAUCGAGUCUUCACGCGACAUGAAAGCCCAAGGGGUCAUGACGUAUGAAGCCCUCUGGACAAUGUUCGAGCCUGGUGCUCUCGUCUAUGCUCGUGAGGAAGGCCAAGACCGUAUUUUCAACCUGCUUUCUGGAAAGUACGGCGUGGACAAGGAUCAGAAGCCCGUGUUUUGGCUCAAGAUCCGCUUCAUCGACUUUGACGGUACAAAAUUCGGUUGGUCGACUACCAAGAUUAGCGUUCCCGAGUUCCAAGGCACUUGCCCCAUCGCUUCUCUUGCUGCCUAUCCUAUCGAGUACCAUACCGACGAGGCCAUACUGCGAGACAGGCUCGUCACCCGAGCUUCAGAAAUCGAGUCGCUCAUUGGCACACACUAUCGCGCCUACGAUGGUCUUGGAUGGAAGCUUGAUAUUUACGGCCAGAAGGAACGUCACAGCAUCAAAGGCAGAAUUGUUGUCGACGCUGUGGGUUGGAACCGCUACAUGCCCAAUCAGGCAAUUUACACUACAGCUCUCGACAGUAAAGGCUCCGACAAGCCCGUACAUCAUGCACGCCGAAUAAUUAUGCCUCGAUUUGGCGAAAUGCUGGACGAAGGUUUUGGUGGAGGCAUGCCACUCGAUGGACACUUUGCUGAAGAGGACGAUCUUAAGGACCUCCCACCUCUCACGGAUGAGCAAAAGCUACUCUGUACUCACCUCAUUCGUGGCUAUGCUUUGAAAGAGAAAAUUUGGCUCAAUCUGUUUGCUGGCUCUGUGCAAGAAGUGUCCUUCAAUGGAUCUGCCUUCAAGUCUUUGGUCUUACCUGACGAUACGAAAGAGCUUAUCUUAGGCUUCACCUGCACACAACAAGCAACUCGUAUGGCUUACGAUGAUGUUAUCGAGGGCAAGGGUCGAGGUAUAAUCUUGCUGCUAUGUGGUCCUCCUGGUGUUGGAAAGACCCUCACUGCCGAAAGUGUUGCUGAAGAGAUGAAGGUCCCACUCUUCAACAUGUCUGCUGGAGACUUGGGGAUGGAUUCCAAAUUUAUUGAGGCUCGUCUACUCACGGUGCUCGGUAUGUGUACUCGCUGGAAUGCCGUUUUGCUGCUGGACGAGGCCGACAUCUUCCUCGAGGAGCGCAGCCGUCACGAGGUUGAACGCAACAAGCUUGUCAGCAUCUUCCUACGUGUGCUUGAGUACCACGAAGGUAUCAUGUUCCUGACCACCAACCGCGUCGCUACAUUCGAUCCAGCCUUCCAGUCACGUAUUCACAUCAGUAUCGACUACCCCGACUUGUCUCCCGAAAGCCGCAGAACAAUUUGGGAAAACUUUUUACAGCGUCAUAACGACGCCCAAGCUGCAGCGCGUCUUUCCGCACCCAAGAACCCUUUCUCAUCUAUCAAGUCGGCAUCUGAAAGGGUUGUUGAGGACGAAGAAGCUAAGAAGGCCAAGCACAUCACCUUGACGCAAUCUCACAUCGUCGCAAAGCAGGAGAUUCGUCAGCUCUCCUUACUCAAGCUCAACGGUCGUCAGAUCAAGAACAUGCUCAAGACUGCUCAGUUGCUUGCCAAUCGCAAGGCUGAGCCUCUGGCCCAUAAGCACAUCUGCACUGUGCUUGAUGCUACUCAACAUCUCCACAACGCCAGCAAGGCGACUGAACACGCUCGUAGCAGCAUCUUCAACUAG